AUGAAUAGUCAGCGAUGGCGACAGGUGGUCCAGGCAAGUGGGGAGGGCCUGGACGUGGUGGAAGCCCUGGACGUGGUGGAGGCGGUGGAAUUGCUGGACGUGGUGCAAGUCCUGGAUGCAGUUGGGGCCCUGGACGCGGUGGAAGCCCUGCACGUGGUGGAAGCCCUGGAGGUGUUGGAAGUGCUGGGCGUGGUGCAAGUCCUGGAUGCAGUUGGGGCCCUGCACGCGGUGGAAGCCCUGCACGCGGUGGAAGCCCUGGAGGUGGUGGAAGUGCUGGACGUGGUGCAAGUCCUGAAUGCAGUUGGGGCCCUGGACGCGGUGGAAGCCCUGCACGUGGUGGAAGCCCUGGAGGUGUUGGAAGUGCUGGGACGUGGUGCAAGUCCUGGAUGCAGUUGGGGCCCUGCACGCGGUGGAAGCCCUGGAGGUGGUGGAAGUGCUGGACGUGGUGCAAGUCCUGAAUGCAGUUGGGGCCCUGGACGCGUUGGAGGUCUUGGACGCGGAGGCAGUCCUGGGCGCGGAGGACCACAGCGCGAAGAAGGUCCGUAUGGACGACAACGUGAAGGCGGACAGCUCGGACCGCAACGCGGAGGCGGAAGGGGUGGCCCGCAGUGGCGAGGUUCUGGAACGCAAACACAGCUACCUCCUGCUGAAGACGAUGUGUCUCUCCAGAAGUGUGCACGGGAGUCCUGGAAGCCUUCUAGCGAGAUAUCGCUGCGCACGAACUACUUCCAGGUCGAACCACUAAGCGGUGUUGUAUACCAUUAUGACGUGGAAAUCGGCCGCAUAUACGAGACCGAGCCUUCCAGCGACACUAAGCCGCGGGGCCUCAGCACACGGGUCAAGCGUCUCGUCAUAGGUGCCCUUCAGCAGUCCUCGGCGUUCAAAAACUACUUGCUAGUGUUUGAUGGCAAAAAAAACAUCUACACGAGUCAGGAAUUGCCAUCGAAAGAAGUUGCAUACCCCGUAAACAUCGACGAGAAAAGCAAGCAGGACUUCUCCGUCACACUCAAGCUCGCAUCCAGGCUAGACAUGAGCGAGCUGAAGAAUCCCUUCGACUCCGAUGUACAUCAAAAACAUAUUCAGGCACUCGAUAUCGUAAUAAGGCACGCAGCACGCCAGACGCACGUACCUGUGGGGCGCUACUUCUUCGAGGCACCGAAGCAACCUACCGAUCCAGGUGGAUUAGCCGAUGUGUGGCGCGGAUACUACACAAGCAUUCGGCCCUGUCAGAGUGCGCCGAUGCUAAAUGUUGACUUUACUGCGAUGCCUUUCUGCCGUUCAAUGGACCUACUUCAGUUCGCAGAGAAGCUCAUGAAGGAAGCUGGUGCGAGCCCUCUGUGGGACCACAAUCUGUUGUCGAAGGAGCUCAAUGGUUUGCAAGUGUACACUAAACACUUGGGCUACAAACGGUUUUACAGAGUGGUAAACGUUAGUGAAAACAGUGCUGAAAGUCAAAAUUUGGAAAAGGGAACUACAGUUGCCCAAUACUUUAAGGACCACCACAAAAGCGUUCAAAUUCAACCAGACCUGCCAUGCAUACAAUGCGAAGGUGAAGAUCAAUAUCUACCACUGGAUGCAUGUUACAUUCAAGCACAGCCGUACAAGCAUAAGCCCACUACAGUAGAGGCCGAGAAGAUGCUUGCCACAUCAACUCCUGGACCUCGGUUCAAAUUCAUCGAUGCAGCGGCGAAAGACCUUUUCAAGACUACUCAAGAUAACCUGAACGAGUUCAAGAUCCAGUUUCUUCAGGAGCUGGUAAAGGUGGAUGGUUCCAUUCUUUCGCCGCCAUUUAUUAGGUCCUUGCGUGAUCAGCGAAUGCCACAAGACGGCUCAUGGCCGAAUAACGGCUUUUUCCGUGCAGUGAAUGAUUCAAAAACUUUCGCAGUGCUUGCAGUUGACUGUGAAAUCGACGCUGGAAAAAUAGGCACGGAGUUGAAAAACGCCUGUAACGAGCUCGGUAUUACACUGUGUGGUGACGACUCUAAAUCUAUAUCGACCAAGGAUAAGGACCCUUUGUCGGAAGCCACCACCGCUUUUCGAGAUCUCGGGGAAAAGGACCUUGUCCUUGUUGUUUUGGGAAAUGCUGGUCUGUAUGCGGCCGUCAAAGCUGCUGCAGAUGUACGUGUAGGAGUCCUGACACAGUGCGUACAAGAAAAAAGUCUCACGCGUCACCGAUUGUGGCGCAACAUCUGCCUCAAGAUCAAUGCCAAGCUUGGCGGCUGCAACAACAUACUCUGCAAGACUUGGAGCGAGAGGAUCUUCAAAGACGCUAUAGUCAUCGGUAUUGAUGUAAAUCAUCCUGCACCAGGGGACAACCACACGCCGUCCAUUGCUGCAUGCGUCGCUAGUAUGGACGAUUACGCAUUUAAAUACCACGCUCGGGUUGCAGUCCAGAUGGACGGUGAUCAAGCGGUGGCCCGCAAGGAAGUCGUGAUGAAACUGCAGGACAUGGUAUUGAACCUCUUGCGCUCCUCCAUGGACUACCGUAGGAAGCGGAGACGACCACAGAGGAUAAUCGUCUACAGGGAUGGAGUCAGUGAGGGUCAGUUCAAAGAAGUGAAAGCCAAGGAAGUCGAGGCAAUCAGGUCAGCCUGUAGGCAAAUCCACCGCGCGUACAACCCCUCAGUGACAUUCAUCAUCGUCCAGAAGCGGCACCACACUCGUUUUCUGCCUGUUCACGAAGGUCAACCGGUUGAUCUAAACGUUCCUCCCGGCACGACCAUCGACAAUGUGGUCACCCACCCGGAAAACACCAACUUCUUUCUCUGCAGCCACCAAGGCCUGCUGGGAACGAGCAGGCCUGCGCAUUACCACGUUCUCUGCAACGACUCCGGUGACAAGCCUAAUGAGUUGCAGCAGCUCACAUACGACCUGUGCCAUCUGGUCGCGCGCUGCACCCGCAGCGUGAGCACUCCGGCCCCGGUCUACUAUGCCCACCUUGCUGCCUUCCGGGCCAAGAACCACAUAGAAGGCUCCCGUCUCGAUCGUAGCGCGUCUGCACAACAAUAUAAAGAUGCAGUGCAGGUGCACGAAGAGAUCGCGAACAAAAUGUACUUCGUGUGA